AUGACGGCCAGCCGUCCUUCCUGCUUCAUGUGGGCAACCGCCUGCCUGACCGUCGUCUUGCUCGCCGCCGUAGCCCUCUUCACCUCGCCCGCCGCGUCGCAGUCUUGCACUCGCGACACCUACACCAGCCUGCCCGCCGGCGCCAUGUUCCCGACGGACACCCUCUCGGCCACUCUGGUCCCCUCGGGCCGCGCCUUGACCACGGGUCACUGGAGCGAGGUGGCCAAGUACGGCAAGUACCGCCCGGCCAAGGUCACACCAGCGGCCAGCCCGCCCGCCGUCGGCUGUCCUCACCUGCAGUCGGGUCUCAAGGAUUGGCACAAUCCAACCACCUGGGGAGGGUCGGUCCCGGCCAACGGGGCCAACGUGAACAUCCCGGUGGCGACGAAGGUGCUGGUGUCGUCGUGCUCGAUCAACUCCUCCUUCGUCUUCGGCACCAUCACCGUUCCCGCUGGUUCGGAGUUGAUUUUCGGCGACGCCAAGAUCAGCGUCUCGGCGCGCGGGUUCAACGUGCUGGGGUCGCUCCUCAUCGGCUCGCCGACCUGUCGCCUGCGCAACAAGGUCACCAUCACCCUCUACGGCUCGCGCAGCGCGCAGGCCCUGCCUGCCGCGUCGCAGGUCAAGGGCAUCGCGGUGACCGGCCGGAUCGACAUUCACGGAAUGCAGUACUUCCCGACGUGGUCGCGUCUGGCCAUGACGGCCGAGGCCGGCGACAAGUACCUCUUCAUCCAGGACAUGGUCAACUGGCAGCCGGGCCAGUCGGUCUUCAUCACGACGACCGAGCUCAAGGACGCGCGCGACUGGCACAGGAACGAGGUCAGGAAGAUCGUCAAGGUGUGGAAGACCAGCCUCGACGCGACGGUGGCCGCCAUCGAGCUCGACUCGCCGCUGGCCUACAAGCACUACGGCGGUCGCGAGUACCAGGCCGAGGUGGGCCUGCUCUCACGCAACAUCGUCAUCCAGGGCGACGCAUCGUCGGAGCCCACCGACACGGCCAACGCCACCUGCACCGACCCCGUCGGCGGCACGGGCUCCACCUACCCGUGCAACGACAAGUACCUCACCGGCUUCGGCGGCCACGUCCAGGUCAUGGGCACGGGCGCGCGCGGCCGAUUCUCGGGCGUGGAGCUCUACCGCAUGGGCCAGACCAACGUGCUGGGCCGCUACCCGCUCCACUGGCACAUGAUCAGCACCACGAACUCGAGCGUCAACUACGCGACCGAUUGCAGCGUGCACAACUCGUUCUUCCGCUGCUACACCAUCCACGGGACGCACGGCGUGCUGUUGGCCCAGAACACGGCCUACAACGCCAUCGGCAACUGCUUCUACCUCUCCGAGGACGGCGUCGAGGAGAACAACACGAUCCAGCACAACCUGGCCGCGCACGUCCACAUCCUGGGCAACAUGCAGGACCCGUCGCUGGGCCGCAGCGGCAACGGCUGGUGGGGCCAGUACCUGAGCUACUACACCAACAGCUCGUCGCUCAUCAUCCCGGCCGACAUGUCGGCGGCGCCCUUCUACGUGACCAACAUGUACAACACGAUCGAGGGCAACGCGGCCAGCGGCGGAUGGACCGGCUUCUCCUUCCCCAGCCUUCCCGGACCCACCGGCAACUUCAAGGACGUCAACAACUUCAAUCCGGCCAACCGUCCGUUCAAGACUCCCUUCCGCGGCAACACGGCCCACUCGACGGGCUUCUGGUGGGCGUCGGCGGGGGCCUUCUACUUCGGCGGCGAGAUGACCUACACCGACAGCACCAAGACGACGCUGCGCUACACCGAGGGCAGAUCGAACAUCGUGCACGACACGUGCUCCGACAAGACCGUGGGCACGCCGGCUUCGCCCAACGCCGGGUGCUGGGAUCUGGGAGCGCAGCUGUGGCUGGAGCUGGAGGACAACAAGGCCUUCCUCGCCAACCGAGGCCUGCAAGCGUGGGGCAACCGGGCCAACAUCGUCCGCAUCGAGAUCCACGACACCGCGCUCUCCAUGAACGUGUUCGGUCAGGUGUGGGUCAACGGCAUGCUCAUGGAGUGCCGGUCCAACCACCGGCCGACGCCGUUCGCCGGUUGCCCGAGGGCCUCGGCCUCGCCGCGGUGGGGCGACUGCAACGUCCGCGACUUCUACUUCUUCACCACUAUCGGCGGGUUCCAGUGGUACGACGUCAGCCAGAACCACAUCGUGCAGAACUCGACCUUCAGGAACUGCCGCAACGACUGGUCGGGCUGCAUCUUCGGAAACGAGCCGGGCAAGUGCAACGGCGCGGCCGUGUUCACAUCGCUCACGCACUCGGAUCAGUUCGUGCCGCAGAUCAUGCAGACCACCGCGGGCAUCAACUACACCAACUGCAACAACAUCUGGCGCUCCUCGACCCAGCUCGCCGACGCCACGGGCGAGACGGUCUCCGGCCGAAUGCAGAGCUGGCUCGACGCUGACGGCACUGCCUCCGGCACGGGCCAGAGGACGAUGAUCGGUUCGGCGUGGGCCGAUCAAUGGUGGAAGAUGAACGACGGGUGCCAGCUCGUGGCCGAGAGGUGGGUGUGUCGCAUGGCCCAGAAGGACAGCAGCGCGGCCAUCAAGCUCUCCGUCGACCCGACUCGCGAGGCACAGAUCGGCUCCACCAUCUGCGUCAACGGCGGCGACGGCACCAAGCCCUGUCCGGUCAUCGGCAAGGCGACACACUUCGGUCGCAACAACGAGUCGCUCGGCGUCGACGUGGCUGUGAUGGGCCAACUGACGGGACCGAUCAUCUACCAGUCGGGCGGAUGGUUCGUUCGCUACACCGCCGGCACGCCCAAGCAGAUCACCAUCAGCGAGAUCCAGGUCGAUCCGAAGGACUCGCUCGUGCUGGCCCUCCCCUACCCGGCAGGCACCACCUUCAACAUCUCCUUCGAGGCCGCCAACUGGUGCAGCACCAGCUGGGGCGUUUGCAGGCACCCGUUCAGGCCGGUGAGCUCCGCGCUGCAGGUGUUCAACGGAUUCGGCGACGUCUACUACUGGAACAACACGGCUCGAGUGCUGUACCUCCGAGCCACCAUGCAGCCCGGCUACUUCGGCAGCCCGGGCACCGACGCGCCCUGGACUUCGAUCCCUCCGGCACCCAACCAGUUCUCGCGAGGCGGCUUGACCAUCCCCGUGAUCAACUAUGGCCCUUCAAUCGUGAUCAGGGCCUCAUGCUCGACGAACCCUUGCGCGCCUCAGACCACCGUGUCUGUUCCUCCCAAGCUCUUCCCUUGA